UCUGGCAAACAGCUCAUUUGCUGCACAAAUGCAUUUGGAUUUAUGCUGGGAGGUGCACCCAAAUCCUUAAAAAUCACAGUUUAGAGCCUGUGCUGCCUCCAGAUCCUGGUCCAGGACAACUCCUGGGAGGGUUUUCAGGGCGCUGCCUCGUCCUGCUGCAGCAAUGACCAGCAGGCCCAUUUUUGUGUGCUUGUUUCAGCCUGGCUGCACCUGCGGCAUCCUGCCCUGCUUCACCCUCCCCUUCAUCCCUGCGUUUUCCCUGCAGCAGCACUGUCCUCCCCGUGCCUGCCCUGGGCCGGUCCCUGCGGCACAUCCAUGCAGGACACAUCUGCUGGGUGUGGGUGUUAUCCACAGGAAAGGCUGCACAUGGCACCCUUCACGCCAGAGCACCUCCUGGCUGAGGAAGUUUUAUGCAAAACUCUCCUGUGCAGCUGCUGUGCAUGGGCUGGGUGAGCCCUCGGCUGUUUUUUUGGCAGGGCUUUUGGGGGAGCGGGGCGGGAGGGAGUCCCUGGCGGCCCUGGCCGAGCGCGGCGUCUCCCGCAGGGCGCGGCUGGACGCGGAGGGCUCGUACCGCUGCAGCAGCACCGGGCUGAUUUUCGAGGUGACGGCGGCCGCCGGGAUCACCUACUCCCUGCUCUCCUGGAGCAAGUACGCCGCGCUGGUGGAGAAGCCCUGGAUCGUGGGCGGGCCCCUGUUCGACGUGCGCUGCUCCGAGCCCGGCGCGCUGCUCUCCAUCCAGUUCCCUCACUGCCUCUGCCUGGGGGGUCACGGGGCUGGCGUGGCAUUCAAGGUGCUGCACAUCAAGGGCGGCGGCGCGGCCAUCGAGCCCUCGGCCGAGUUCUCGGCGUCGCACGUCAAGUGGCUGGUGAGCUCCCUGUCCCCCGUGGGACCCCUGAUCCACAGCCACGAGCCCCUGCAGUACCACGGGGCUGUCAUCCUCUACAAAGCCAUCGACGAGCACCCCUCCCUGUCCUUCUGCGUCUACCUGGCCACCAACAACGACUCCUUCAUCAAGGAUAUCUCAAAGGCUGUAAAACACUCGAAAAGAAAAUUUGUUCAAAUCGAAAAGCCCCCUGUAUGCCAAAAAUUACUGCAGGAAGGAAAGAAGUACAGACUGAUCUGUGAGCCAGAAGCUGAAAUAACUCCUGAGGAGAUUGAAUUUGUUGAUGGGUCACUGCUGAAGCUGAAGAGUUACUUUGAGGUGUAUUUGGAGAAGCCUGAUGACUUCACCUUGUCCCUGGUGGAGCAGGACUCGGAUGAGACUGUCUGGAAAGCCAAGCUGCGAGAGAGGGAUUGGAUCCACUACGACCAGAACAGGAAUGAGCAGAAGAGGAGCACAGGCAGUGUGAAGAGGAGGAAGCCAGCCCUCAACAUCCUGGAGGAAGAGGGGCUCCACAGCAAAAAGCAAAAAACUGGCAGCACUGCAGACGGAAUGGGAGCAAAAAGCUUGACAGACCAACAGCUGCUGGUGAUUGCCAAGCUCCUGGACCGGCACUGGAGGGAAAUGGCCAUCGAGUGUCUGCAGAUGGAGAUGAAGGACAUCGAUGACAUCCGGGCCAUGGAGGAGGACGUGACCAUGCAGAAACUCCUGGUGCUGAGGAAGUGGAGAGAGAGGGAGCAGGGCCGUGGGACUGCAGAGGCUUUGCAGAGGAGCCUGGGGGAAAAAGCCACCUACGAGAUCCUGCAGGCGCUGCAAGGUUUCCUGGCUCAGAGCUGAGCCAGCUGGAAGGAGGAAGAGGAGGAAGAGGAGGAGGUGGGAGCUUCCCAAUCCAACCAUUCUGCUCCCUGGGAUCCUGCUGGGACUCAGGAAUGUUCCUGGUGGGAAGUUCAGGCAGGAUCCUCCAGAGAAACGGGAAUGGAAUUCGGGUAGGAGCCACUUCCAAGGCUUUCAGGAGAGGUGGAUCCCGGAAUUCUGGGCUUCACCCACAGGGAAAGUCACUCCAGGAGGGCACAAACACUGGAAGAAGCCACUUGAUCUUUUUCAUCACCUGGAAAAGAUUUUUAUUUCCGUCAGGGAAAAACAGGGAGAAGAAUUCCCCUGGAAACUUUCAUCCCCUUCCAAAAAAACCACUGACCUGCCAGAAUCGUGAGGUGCAUUGGAUUUCUCAUGGAUCAGGGAAGAAUAAUCCGAAACUUGUACCAAAUUCCUUUGCAUAAUCACUGUAUAUAUGGAAUUAUUGUACAGAUCCUGUGCAUCCAGUCCUUGUUAAGCUGUGGUUCUGCUUCCUGAGAUUCCCAAAGAUGGGAACACCACUGUGAACUCCAGGCAGCUCCAGAACUUCCACAUGGAAUUUCUUCUCCCCUCUUUUCUGUAUAGCUUGUCUCCGUUUUUUACGUUGUAUAAUUCCUUUUUUGUAUGAGAAACUUUUUAUACUUUUUUAAUGUUUUUUUUUACUUGAUUUAUUCAAACUUGGAUAGAAUUUAGGUGCUUAAAAUGUGAGGAGCCAAAAUCCCUGUGCUGCAGGCUUGGAAAAAAAUUGGGAAAAAUGGAAUUUGCAGAAGAGAGGAGUGACCAGAUCCAGGACUGUCUUGUUUUUAAGGCUGUGGGAUACUUGGGAUCAUUUUUCUCUGUGUAUGUUUGGGAAAGGAAAACAUACUUUUGAAAAACAAGGAUUAAACAGGAAAAA